AUGGCUUCCUCCAAAAGGCUAUUUCAGAGCCUCGCGACUCGCGUAGCCCACUCUCCUCUCACAUCUUCCUCACUCAAAUCUCGAUCCUUCAUAGCAUGCCGUAAAAAUCAAUUCACCACAACCCGAUUCUCGACACGCUCAAACAAUCCACCUCCAUUCCUCUCCUCACAGUUUUCCAGGUAUAACUCGACCUCCACCAGAGCUCCUUCUCCUCUUACAGACAGCAAACCUGUGUCCCCUGAAGAUACCGCCCAGAACGCACAGCGACGUGCAGAGGAACGGGCAUUCCUAAUCACAUUCACCUGCAAACCAUGCAGUCACCGUUCAUCACAUCGUAUCUCGCAGCACGGCUACUACAAAGGCACAGUGCUGAUCACUUGUCCGGAGUGCAAAAAUCGACAUAUCAUCAGCGACCAUCUGAAUAUCUUCAUGGAUACAAAGUCUACGCUUGAGGACAUCUUGUGGCAGCAGGGGCAGACGCUGUUAAAAGGAAAGCUAGAAAGGGACAUAGAAUGGUGGGAGGAUGGCACUGUGAGAGCAAUUGAAGGAGAAGGUACGAAGGAGGCGCUGCGCCAUCAACAAAGUCAGGGCCAACGACCAAUCGAAAACACGGCUCAACUGCAGCAGGACGUAAAUAUGCCGCGGAAUCAGGACCAAGAACAGGAGAAGGAACAGGAACCGUACCAAUAG